AAUGAGGCUCUGUGCACCAGAAGCCAUUUUCACCAUUCAAACAGAAUCCGGCGGACGGAGAGGAUGUGUUGUUGUGCUUGUGUACGUGUGUGUAUGUGUUAGUGUGUUCGUGGGACAGAGCUAGCUGUGGAUAUCCCUUCCUCGCAAACACAAAAACUCGCCCAGAGAAGCGCGUCCGCCGCCGGGAUAGAAAAGCAUGGCUCCUCUGCAACAAAGAGAAAGUCUCCAGUGGAAAGUUUAAGGAGCUCCACUUUUCUUUUAAACUACGGACUCACAUCGUGGAGCCAUGCGCUUCCUUCACGUGGAUUUCCUUUUUAUUUUCAUUUGGUGGAAUUUACCCACGCUGGUGUCCGGCUUCGCGGUUCACCUCAGCGAAGACGCCCGCCCGAGGACGGUGUUGGCCGGCGUAGAGCAGCGCGCGCGGUGCGCUCUGGAUCAGGUGCUGGCUCCCACACCCGCGGAGCGCUUCCUGGACUCGGACCCGGCAACGGGAACAGUGUUUCUGUCACAUUCCAUAAAAUGCGGCUCUUUACGCUCCAAUCCGUUUACUUUGUACACAGUCUCCGACUGCGUGGACUCCGUGGGCUCCGGCUACCGGCACCUCAUCACUAGCCGCUAUGAUGUCCACAUCCACGGGGGGGACUGCUCCAAAAAGCGCGUAUUGAAAUCAGACUGGGACAUGGAGGUGCUUAGUUUAUUGAGUCCUGGUAGCCAUAAACCGGCGCAGUGCCACGGAGCAGGGUCCGCUUUAUUCCCAAUGGGGGGGCUUCUACCUGGGAAACCCACCCGCUGCAAAGUCACCAGUGGAGGUCAUUUCUACUUCUCAGAGGGGAACUUGUUUGCGUCUGAGACUCUAUGCUGGUCUGGGGACACCAUCAUGGAGCUGGAUUUGCUCUGCGACGUCCUGGUUGGAGAUGGAUCUUCCGGAGUGAAUUCAGUUUUUGUGCACUGGCGUCUCGGACGGGGUCCUUUUACUCCGAGACGUAUUAGUAGGCUUUUGGAAAAGGGUGACACGGGCAUGGUGGGCAGAACGAGAAGAAGCAUAAACAGCAGCCCCCAGUUCCAGCCCCCGAUGUACCAGGUCUCCGUGGUGGAGAACAAGCCGUCUGGGACUUCGGUUGUCGCUUUGAAGGCGGUGGACAUGGAUGAAGGUGAAGCGGGUCGCUUGGAGUAUUUCAUCGAGGCGCUCUUUGACAGCCGUUCGAACAACCUUUUCGCCGUGGAUCCACUCAGCGGACUCGUGUCCACGGUGGAGGUUCUGGACCGUGAGACCAAAGAGACUCACGUGUUUCGCGUGACGGCGGUGGACCACGGCACGCCUCGCCGCACCGCUAUGGCGACUCUCACUGUCACGGUCGGCGACGCCAAUGACCACGAUCCGGUUUUCGAGCAACAGGACUACAAGGAAAGUAUCCGUGAGAAUCUGGAAAUCGGAUACGAGGUAUUAACCGUGAGGGCCACGGACGGUGACGCACCGGUUAACGGUAACAUCCUGUAUCACGUCCUGAACGCUAACGCUUCCAAUGACGUCUUUGACAUCGAUUCAAGAUCCGGCGUCAUUCGCACUAAAGGUCUCGUCGACAGGGAAUCACUCGACGCGUAUAUGUUGUUAAUCGAAGCAAACGACCAAGGUCGUGACCCCGGUCCCCGUAGCGCCACAGCUACCGUUUACAUUGUAGUUGAAGAUGACAACGACAACGCUCCGCAGUUCAGUGAAAAACGCUACAUAGUCCAAGUACCGGAGGACACGGCCCCGAAUACAGAGAUCCUGCAAGUGACCGCCACAGACCGGGACCGGGGAAGCAACGCCAUGGUCCACUUCAGCAUCAUGAGCGGCAACUCACGGGGUCAGUUUUAUAUCGACGCUCAAACCGGUAAAAUGGACCUAGUGAGUCAUUUAGAUUACGAAGCAAACAAGGAGUACACGCUAAGAAUCCGAGCCCAGGACGGUGGGCGCCCGCCUUUAUCGAACAUCAGCGGAAUGGUAACGGUGCAGGUCCUGGAUGUUAACGACAACGCUCCCAUUUUUGUUAGCACGCCGUUCCAAGCUACGGUGUUGGAAAACGUGCCACUCGGUUAUUCCAUUAUUCACAUCCAAGCCGUGGAUGCCGAUUCCGGGGACAAUUCCAGAUUGGAUUACCGUCUCACUGAAACGAUGCCGAAUUUCCCGUUUAGCAUCAACAACAGCACAGGUUGGAUUGUCGUCGCUUCCGAGUUGGAUCGAGAAAGUAUGGAUUAUUACAACUUUGGCGUGGAGGCCCGGGAUCACGGCUACCCGGUUAUGUCCUCAUCGGCUAGCAUUAGCAUGACCGUUCUCGACGUCAACGACAACAACCCGGAGUUCACUCAAAAAGCGUACUACAUGCGACUGAACGAGGACGCGGCCGUGGGUACCAGCGUGGUGACCGUAUCCGCCGUGGACCAGGACGUCAACAGCGUCGUGAGCUAUCAGAUAUCCAACGGAAACACUCGAAACAGGUUCGCCAUCACGAGUCAGAGCGGCGGCGGACUCAUCACGCUUGCGUUGCCUUUGGACUAUAAACUCGAACGCCAGUAUGUUUUGACCGUAACCGCGAGUGACGGUACGCUUUUCGACACGACAAAAGUAUUCGUGAACGUCACUGACGCUAACACGCAUCGACCCGUUUUCCAGAGCUCGCAUUACACGGUGAAUAUCAACGAAGACCGGAAUGUAGGCGCCACCGUCGUCGUGAUAAGCGCUACCGAUGAAGACACGGGCGAGAACGCUCGAAUUACAUACUUCAUGGACGAUAGCAUCCCUCAGUUCGAUAUCGAUCCCGACACGGGCGCCGUCACUACACAAAUGGAGCUGGACUACGAAGACCAAGUGUCCUAUACGCUCGCCAUAACCGCACGCGACAACGGUAUCCCGCAGAAGUCGGAUACCACCUACUUGGAGAUACUGGUCAACGACGUCAACGAUAAUUCGCCGCGUUUCCUCAGGGAUCAUUACGUCGCAUCAGUAAUGGAGGAUGUCCCCGUGUUCACCAGCGUCGUUCAGGUGUCUGCAACCGAUCGAGACUCUGGUCUCAACGGUAGAGUCUUCUACACCUUCCAUGGCGGGGAGGACGGCGACGGAGACUUCAUAAUAGAAUCCACAUCUGGAAUUGUUCGAACGUUACGUAGAUUAGAUCGAGAAAACGUUCCCGUUUAUCCUCUGCAAGCUUUCGCUGUGGAUAAAGGUGUUCCCGCUUUGAAGACCCCCAUAAACAUCCAAGUGACCAUCCUGGACGUGAACGACAAUCCUCCGGUUUUUGAGAAAGAUGACUUCGAUAUCAUGGUGGACGAAAACAGUCCCAUCGGUGUCGUGGUCGCGCUUAUAUCAGCGACCGAUCCGGACGAAGGCAGCAAUGCGCAGAUCAUGUACCAAAUCGUGGAGGGGAACAUACCUGAGAUGUUCCAGCUUGAUAUCUUCUCCGGAGAACUCACGUCGCUCAUAGAUCUGGACUACGAAAGCACUUCCGAGUACGUCAUUGUGGUCCAAGCCACUUCUGCCCCUCUUGUGAGCAGAGCCACGGUCCAUAUCAAGCUAGUGGACAAAAACGACAACGUACCCCUUCUUAAGAACUUCCAGAUUAUCUUCAAUAAUUAUGUAACGGAGAAAUCUAGUAGCUUCCCGGCGGGAGUGAUCGGCCGCAUCCCGGCACACGACCCGGAUGUCUCGGACCGACUCUUCUACAAGUUUGAUGUUGGAAACGAGCUGAAUUUGGUGCUCCUCAACCAAACCACAGGGGAGAUCCAGUUGAGUCAGGCUUUGGAUAACAACCGACCCCUGGAGGCCUCCAUGAGGAUCUCUGUGUCAGAUGGCAUCCACUCGGUGUCGGCCCAGUGCCUCCUUCAGGUGACCAUCAUCACAGACGAGAUGUUGUCCAACAGCAUCACGCUGAGGCUGGCCAACACCUCCCAGGAGCACUUCCUGUCCCUGCUGCUCACCCAGUUCCUGGACGGCGUCGCCCGCGUCCUCUCGGCGGCGCCUGAAGAUGUUGUCAUCUUCAACAUCCAGGACGACACCGAUGUCAGCGCCCGCAUCCUCAACGUCAGCCUCUCCGUAGCCGUGCCGGGUGACGCCCCCCAACGACCGCCGGGUCUCGGCGAUUCUGGAGAGGACGCCGUAAGGAGAGGCACGGAAAGUGGCGGCGUGGAGUUUUUCGGUUCCGAGGAGCUCCAGGAGAGACUGUACUUGAACCGCAGCCUUCUGGCUCAGAUCUCCUCUCAGGAAGUUCUGCCGUUCGACGACAACAUCUGCCUACGUGAGCCCUGUGAGAACUACAUGAAGUGCGUGUCGGUUCUGAAGUUCGACAGUUUGGCGCCCUUCGUGGCGUCUGACACCAUCCUGUUCCGACCCAUCCAUCCCAUCGCCGGCCUGCGCUGCCGCUGUCCAGCUGGCUUCACGGGGGAUUACUGCGAGACCGAGAUCGACCUGUGCUACUCCAAGCCCUGCGGAGCUCAUGGCGUGUGUCGCAGCAGGGAGGGCGGCUUCACCUGCGAGUGCAUGGAGGACCACACAGGAGAGCGCUGUGAGCUGUCGUCCCGCUCGGGCCGCUGUGCUCCAGGAGUCUGCAAGAACGCCGGCCUGUGCGUGAACCUCCUGGUCGGCGGAUUCAAAUGCGAGUGUCCGGCGGGUGGCUACGAGAGACCUUACUGCGAGAUGACCACGCGCAACUUCCCGCCACACUCCUUCCUCACCUUCAAGGGCCUCCGUCAACGCUUCCACUUCACCGUCUCGCUCACAUUCGCCACUAAAGAACCAAAUGGUUUAUUGCUGUACAACGGCCGCUUCAAUGAGAAACACGAUUUCAUCGCCAUGGAGAUCAUCAACGAGCAGAUUCAGGUCACCUUCUCUGCAGGCGAGACCAAGACCACCGUAUCACCCUUCAUUGUGGGCGGAGUCAGUGACGGCCAGUGGCAUGUGGUGGAGAUCCACUACUAUAAUAAACCCAUCUUAAACCAGGCCGGUCUGCCUCAGGGUCCCUCAGACCAGAAGGUGGUGGUGGUGACGGUGGAUAACUGCGACCACCCGGUGGCGCUUCGGUUUGGUCAUGUGAUCGGAAACUACACCUGCUCGGCACAGGGAAGCCAAUCCGGAAGCAAAAAAUCUUUGGACCUGACCGGCCCGCUGCUGCUCGGUGGUGUCCCCAAGCUCCCUGAAGACUUCCCUGUCCGUAACCACCAGUUUGUGGGCUGCAUGAAGAACCUGCGUGUGGACAACCAGCGUGUAGACAUGGCCGGCUUCAUCGCUAACAACGGCACGCUUCCCGGAUGCUCGGCCAAGAGACACUUCUGUAACAGCAACUCGUGUCUGAACGGAGGAACCUGCGUCAACCUGUGGGGCUCCUUCAGCUGCGACUGCCCGCUCGGCUUCGGAGGAAGGAACUGCGAAAGAGUCAUGGCCAACCCGCAACGCUUCCUGGGCGACAGCCUGUUGCAGUGGAACAACCUGGCGACGGCGGCCUCCGUCCCGUGGCAUGUGGAGCUCAUGUUGCGCACGCGGCAGGCGGGCGCCAUGUUGCUGCACAUCUCCUCCGGCCUGCAACACAACCUCACACUGCAGCUGCGCGGCGGGAGCGUGUUGAUGGGCCUUCACCGCGGGGAGGAUUCCACUCUCUCCCGUGUGGAGGAGGUGCUGGUGAACGACGGCGACUGGCAUCAUCUGCAGCUGGACAUCAGCAGUCUGAGCGGGCCGGCGGGCCAGCAUAAAGCCGUUCUGUCGGUAGACCACGGACUCUACCUGGCCAGCAUGCAGGUCGACGGAGAGCUGCAGGAGUCCAUGCUGAAGGCUGUCAGCGUUGGAGGCUUGGAGGCGCCCGAUGGGACCAUUCAGAACGGGUUCCAAGGCUGCAUACAAGGUCUCCGUGUCGGAGGAGCUCUGAGUCUCUCCCAGGCCAGGAAGGUGAACGUGGAGGUCGGCUGCAACUUGCCCGACCCGUGUAGCUCCGCCCCUUGUCCCCCCAACAGUUACUGCAGCGACGACUGGGACACCUACUCCUGCACGUGCCACUCAGGUUACUACGGCACCAACUGCACAGACGCCUGCACCCUUAACCUCUGCGAGCACGAGUCGACAUGCGUCAGGAAGAGCGGUUCUUCCCGCGGUUACACGUGUGAAUGUCCACACAACUACUUUGGUCGUUACUGCGAGAAAAAGACCGACCUGCCUUGUCCCCGAGGUUGGUGGGGUCACAAGACGUGCGGACCCUGCAACUGUCCCACAGAACGCGGGUUUGACUCCGACUGCAACAAGACCAGUGGAGAGUGUCGCUGUAAGGACAACCACUACCGUCGUGAAGACAGCGACACGUGUCUGCUGUGCGACUGCUACCCGGUGGGCUCCUUCUCCAGAACGUGUGACCGUGACAGCGGCCAGUGUCAAUGUAAGGCGGGCGUGAUCGGGCGCCAGUGCGACCGCUGUGACAACCCCUUUGCCGAGGUCUCCGCUCACGGCUGCGAAGUCAUCUAUGACAGCUGCCCCCAGGCCAUUGAGGCGGGAAUCUGGUGGCCCAGGACUAAGUUUGGUCUCCCCGCAGCGGUGCCUUGCCCCAAGGGGACUCUGGGUACUGCCAUUCGCCACUGUGAUGAGCACAAGGGAUGGCUGCCUCCUAAUCUCUUCAACUGUACCUCGGUCACCUUCAGCCAGCUAAGAGAACUGUCUGAACGGUUUUCCAAUAAUGCAUCACUGCUGGACUCCGGACGCGUCCAGCAGACAGCCGCCAUGUUGGCCAACGCCACCUUGCACACGGAGAAGUACUACGGCAGCGAUGUGAAAGUAGCCUACGCACUCACACGGAGGAUUCUGCAGCACGAGAGCGAGCAGCAGGGAUUCAACCUCACGGCCACGCAGGACGUGUACUUCACCGAGAACCUGGUCCGUGUCGGCAGCGCCAUUCUGUCCCCGGACACCGUUGCGCACUGGGAAUUGAUCCAGAACACGGAAAGCGGUACGGCCGCCCUGCUGCGCCACUACGAGGACUACGCAAGCGCUCUGGCUCGGAACAUGAGGAAGACCUACCUCAGCCCCUUCACCAUCGUCACGCCGCAUAUUGUCGUCUCCGUGGAUCGGCUGAAAAAGCAGAAUUUCGCCGGGGUCAAGCUCCCACGCUACCAGUCCCUGAGGGGCCCUCGUCCUGUGGACCAGGAGACCACCGUUACACUUCCUGACUCUGUUUUCCAAGCGCCCGUGGACACAAAAGGACACCGACACCUGGAUGUAUUCCCGGAUGCGUCUCUUAGGAACCGCUCCUCCGCCAACCGCAAAAGACGCCAUCCCGAUGACGCCCAAGAGGACGCCGUCGCCAGCGUCAUCAUUUUCAACAGUCUGGCUUCACUCCUACCCGAGAGCUACGAUGCCGACAAGCGGAGUCUCCGCGUUCCGAAGCGCCCCGUUAUCAACACGCCCGUGGUGAGCGUCACCGUGCACGAUAACGACGAAUUGCUGCGGCACGCUCUGGACAAACCCAUCACCGUGCACUUCCGCCUGCUCGCCACCGAGGAACGCUCCAAACCGAUCUGCGUCUUCUGGAACCACACUAUACUCGCUGGAAAGGGCGGCUGGUCGGCGAAGGGCUGUGAGGUGGUUUUUCGGAACAGCUCUCACAUCAGCUGUCAGUGCUAUCACAUGACCAGCUUCGCCGUGCUCAUGGACGUCUCCAGAAGAGAGAACGGCGAGAUCCUGCCCAUUAAAGUCCUGACCUGGAGCACCGUCGGUGUCACGCUGGGCUUCCUCUUCCUCACCGCCGUCUUCCUGCUGUGCCUGCGAGCCAUGCGGAGCAACAAGACCAGCAUCAUGAACAACGGAGCCAUCGCGCUCUUCUUCUCCGAGCUGGUCUUCAUACUCGGAAUCAACCACGCCGACAACGCGUUCCUGUGCACGGUCAUCGCCAUUUUGUUGCACUUCUUCUACCUGUGCACCUUCUCGUGGCUUUUCCUGGAGAGCCUGCACGUGUACCGAAUGAUCAGCGAAGUACGAGACAUCAACUACGGUCCCAUGAGGUUCUACUAUCUGAUUGGAUGGGGGGUACCAGCCUUCAUCACAGGUCUGGCAGUGGGACUGGAUCCCGAAGGCUACGGGAACCCGGACUUCUGCUGGCUGUCCAUGUACGAUACGCUCAUUUGGAGCUUCGCCGGACCCAUCGCCAUGGUGGUAUCGAUGAACAUCUUCCUCAACAUCCUGUCGUCCAAAGCGUCCUGCUCACUGAGACGCCACAGCCUGGACAAGAAGGAGCCUCGCGUGUCUGGCCUGAAGACAGCAGGGGGCGUCCUUUUCCUGGUUUCAGUCACCUGCUUCCUGGCUCUGCUGUCAGUCAACAGUGACGUGAUCAUCUUCCAUUACUUGUUUGCUGGAUUCAAUUGCGUGCAGGGUCCCUUCAUCUUCUUCUUCCGCAUCGUCUUCAGUAAGGAGGCCAGGAAGGCCAUGAAGUACUGCUGUGGACACAAGCACCCUGAUCACAUGAUCAAGUCCAAAUCCUCUCAGAGCUACAAAUGCAACAGCAACUACGCGGACGCCAAGCUGUACCACCUUCCCUUCGGCGAGUCCAGCGCGUCCCUGAACGGGACCAUGCACAGCACCAAGAGUCAGCACAGCUACGUGCCCUUCGUGCUGAGGGACGACGGACUGAGCGCCAGCCAGGCGCACAUCGCCCUCAACGACCACACGUCGCUAUUCCAUGAAAAUAACCGGCAGGCGGAUGACGAUCACGACAGCGACUCGGACAGCGAUCUGUCCUUGGAGGACGACCAGAGCGGAUCCUACGCCUCCACGCACUCCUCUGACAGCGAGGACGAGGAGGGUCCCCUCCCCCCGGACCAAUGCUGGGAGAACCUGGCGUCCAACGGAGCCAAGAGGCCGCAAGCACACGAAGGUAGAACGUGCUGGCCUCAUCCCGCCGAGCUGCCCGACAGACCCAAGAUCAGCCUUGAUCCCAGCCUCCCCAGCACGCCAUCGGAUGAGCGGCUACAGGACGCCGUGACGCCGCUGCUGCCCAACCUCAACGCCCACCCUCACAAAGGGAUCCUGAAGAAGAAGCAGCUCUCGCCGAUCAUCGAGAGGAACGGCUUCAACCGUGACGGCGCCCAGGGCCCGGCGUCCCCUCAAGGCUCGUCCUGUAGCGAGCGGCGGGCUAAAGGCGGCCUGAACGGCGUAGCCAUGAGCAUCAAAGCGGGCACGGUUGACGGCGACUCGUCGGGAUCGGAAAGCCACUGCAACACCUCCAUGUGAGCCUUCUUCCUCCAACCCUGGAAUUUGGGAUUUGAAAGACUUUUUUUUUUUAUAAAAAAAACAACAACUAAAUAAAAAGGAAUGUAGGGCGGCACGGUGGUCUAGUGGUUAGCGCGCAGACCUCACAGCUAGGAGACCAGGGUUCAAUCCCACCCUCGGGCAUCUCUGUGUGGAGUUUGCAUGUUCUCCCCGGUUUCCUCCCACAUUCCAAAAACAUGCUAGGUUAAUUAGCGACUCCAAAUUGUCCAUAGGUAUGAAUGUGAGUGUGAAUGGUUGUUUGUCUAUAUGUGCCCUGUGAUUGGCUGGCCACCAGUCUAGUGUGUACCCCGCCUUACGCCCGAAGACAGCUGGGAUAGGCUCCAGCACGACCCUUGUGAGGAUAAGCGGUAGAAAAUGAAUGAAUGAAUGAAUGAGUUCUCCUCCUAUUUUGUGUGGAAGUGGUAACUUUUUGGCUUCUUAUUUUGGCUUUCCCCAACUUCGGCCAUCUCUGUGUGGAGUUUGCAUGUUCUCCCCGUGCAUGCGUGGGUUUUCUCUGGGUACUCCGGUUUCCUCCCACAUUCCAAUAAACAUGCUAGGUUAAUUAGCAUGACUCCAAAUUGUCCAUAGGUAUGAAUGUGAGUGUGAAUGGUUGUUUGUCUAUAUGUGCCCUGUGAUUGGGUGGCCACCAGUCCAGGGUGUACCCCGCCUUACGCCCGAAGACAGCUGGGAUAGGCUCCAGCGUGUGUGUGUGUGUGUGUGUGUGUGUGUGUGUGCCAAACGUCAGUUUAAAGACAUUGUUUUGUUUACAUACUUGAAUUGUGUUUUUUCAAUGCACUUUUUGUUUCAUUUGCUGCCCUGAUUUUAAUUUUUUUCAUUUUUUUUUAAAUUUUUUUAGUGUAUUUUUGUUCCGAUGUUUAUAUUUUGUGGAACAAUAAAGUUGUCAUUCAGGGAAGAUUGAGCUAAAAGUACUUUAUAAUGUGUCUGGACUGCGUUCGGUGUGUGUGUGUGUGUGUGUGUGUGCCAACAAUCAAGUGAAGGAUAUGUACAUUUUUAUAGACUUUCUUAUCUCCAUCGUUUUUUUUUUGGUUUUUUUUGUAUCGAUGUGAGAGGAGAAAUAUGAAAUAUGAUGAUAUGUUUUCCGUCCAUGAAUUAACAGCCCUGUUUUUUUUAUAGACUAGCUGUGGCGCCUUUGUAAAAAAAAAAAAAAAAAAAAAAAACUUUCUGUGUAAUCCAGGGGUGGGCAAACUUUUUG